AUGGGCGGCGGGCGGCAGCUGGCCGGGUACCUGGCGGCGCUGGUCGGCUGGGGGGCGGCUCUGGCGGCCGCCGUGCUGCCGCACUGGCGGCAGAGCUCGUACGCCGGGGACGCCAUCAUCACGGCCGUGGGGCUCCACGAGGGGCUGUGGAUGAGUUGCGCCGCGCAGAGCACCGGGCAGGUGCAGUGUCGCCUGCACGACUCGCUGCUCUCCCUCGAAGUUCACUUCCAGACAUCCCGGGCUCUCAUGGUCAUUUCUCUCCUCCUGGGCUUCUUUGGCAUCAUCGUGAGUGUGAUGGGCAUGAAAUGCACUAAAGUCGGGGAGGAGGAUCCUAUCACCAAAAGCCGCAUAGCUGUUGCUGGAGGUGUUCUCUUCGUUCUCUCUGGUCUGUGCACAUUGGCUGCCGUGUCAUUGUAUGCAACACAGGUGACCUAUGAGUUCUUCAGAGAGAGCACCAUCCCCAUCAACGCUAGGUACGAAUUUGGCUCUGCUCUCUUCGUGGGCUGGGGGGCCGCCAGCCUCUCCAUGUUGGGGGGGUCCCUCCUGUGCUGCUCCUGCCCUGCCAAGGAGCGCCGAGGACAGCAGUACCAUCUGCAGUCACAGCCCUCUGCAGCCCGGGAGUAUGUCUGAGCCCUAACCCUGCGCUCCUGCUGCCCAGUGCCUCCCUUCCCCCCCAAAACCAGGCAAGACCCUGGUACUCCCACCCUGCCUAGACCCUGAAUUCCCUGUGAGACCUUUCUCCUUACCUUCCAGAUUUCAGUACCAUUUUCAGUGCCAGCCUCUAAAGUAGAGGUUUUAAGUAUCACACCUCCCAUAUCCAUCAUUGCUGUGUUCUCAGCUGGGUGGGGUGACACCCCCCAGUCCCACAUUGUGGUCAGGCCAUGUCUGUCUAUCACAGGGGUGAUGCAGAGAGGCUGAUGCCAGUGACACAGAGGCACAGAGCCAAUUUGCCAAUCCCAUGAGGGUGUGCUGCACAGAAGCACUUUGUACUAUGGCUACCCUUCUCCCACAUCCUGUUUUCAGGAACAAGCAGGGAGGAAAGCCAGUGCUUGGUUUUCCUUGGAUGAGGUUUUCACUUCUAACAGCACCAGCCGAAUUCAGGGUUCAAGCAUCCCCACAUCCCACUAUUGGCAGAGGCAUGCUUUCAGGGUGCAGCAUUCCCCUGCCUCAUUGCUACUGAAAAGCAACACUUAAAUAUUACUAUUAAUUAUUAUUGAUUCCUGCCUGGAGGCCAGUUGCUCCAACUGAGCUCUGCCAGCCCAAACUACCUUGGACUUGUUCCUGUCCAGGACCAGGCUGUGCCUUGUUAAACAAGAAAAAAUUAGUUUGGGCAAAUUAAAGCAGCAAAAAGGGGCUCUGACCACAAAUUAUUUGUUUUUAGUUUUGGUGCCUAACACAACUAUUUUGAGUGGCAGAUGGACUCAACCCUGAGUUUUGGUGCCUCCCUGCUGCGUCCAAAUCCCUCUUCCCCGCCAGGAUCCCCUAGAGCAGACAGUGAAGGUUCCAAACACAACGUGCUAAUUACCUCCACCACUUUGUACCUCUAUUCUACUGCUACUAAUUGUUUUGCAACUGCCAAAGCUCCAAUUUAAUCUGUAAAUCCUCCAAACUCUCUGUACUCCAUCCCUCCAGCCCUGCUGCAGGUGUUGGGCCAACCAACCCACAGGGAAGGACACUGGAAAUUAUCCAAACAGCUUCAUUAUCUAUUAUUUUAUUUUAUUUUAUUUUAAAACCCAAAUAUGAAGAGAAAGCUGAUUUUUUAAAAUU